CUUUUAUUUUGAAAGGCAGGGACGGAAGUAGCUGUGUUUAGACGGCGCUUGAUACCGGCGCUAGCCGGAUGCUGAUGCGGAUCUGCAGACUUCUAGAAGUUUGGACAGCUCAUAGGUCGUGGUGGUUCUUGGUGGAGACCUGGUGAUGAAGAACCGGUCGUGCCUCGGGGUCCUGCGGCCUGUCCAGCUGGCGCGGCUCACGCUGCUGCUCCUCAUCCUCCUGCUGGAUGCAGCUGCUGCUGAAGGAACGUCGGACUACUACGACCUGCUGGGGAUCAGCAGAGACGCCACCACCAGAGAGAUCCGGCAAGCGUUCAAGAAGCUGGCUCUCACCAUGCACCCCGACAAAAACCCGGGUGACCCGUCAGCUCACGAGAAGUUCCUGAAGGUGAACCGUGCUUACGAAGUUCUAAAAGAUGAAGAUCUGAGGAAAAAGUAUGAUAAGUAUGGAGAAAAAGGUCUGGAUGAGCAGCAGGGAGGACGCUACGAGAGCUGGAACUAUUACAGAUACGACUUUGGUAUCUAUGAUGACGAUCUGGAAAUUAUCACUCUGGACAGUGGAGACUUUGAGGCGGCAGUGAACUCUGGAGAACUCUGGUUUGUCAACUUCUACUUUCCACGCUGCUCACACUGUCACCAGCUGGCUCCUACGUGGAGGGAGUUUGCCAAAGAGAUGGAUGGAGUGAUCCGGAUCGGGGCAGUAAACUGCGGAGACAACAACCAUCUCUGCAGGAGGAAAGGCGUCACCAGCUACCCGAGCCUCUACAUUUACAGAGCGGGACAGAGACCAGAGAAGUUUAAUGGAGAGCGCACCAAAGACAACCUGGUUGGUUUUGCCAUGCAGUUCCUCACCACCACCAUCACUCAGCUCUGGCAGGGGAAUGUCUUCAGUGAGAUUGAGAACGCGUUUUCGUCGGGGCUGGGAUGGCUGAUCACCUUCUGCUCCGACACCGGCGAUUGUCUGGAGCCAAGAACGAGACAGAAGCUGGCAGGAAUGUUGGAAGGUCUGGUGAAGGUGGGAUGGAUAGACUGCACCGUUCAGCCACAGCUCUGUGACAGCUUCCAGGUGUCGAGUGGAGCGACAGCCUUUUUCCCCCCUGGAAGCUCUCUGGAUAAAGAAGGCAGUGUACUGUGGAUCAAGACUCUGGACAGUAAAGAGAUUUACAACCAGGUCCUGAACCAUCUCCCAGGUCUGAAGCUGCUGACUGCAAAUAGCUUUGAGGAGAAACUGGCCCGUCACCGCUGGCUGAUCAGCUUCACGUUUGGGGACAGAAGUUCCACCUCAAAUGAGUACAAGAAGCUCCAAGCAUUUCUGCGGAAUGACCACAUACAGGUCGGCAGAAUGGACUGCGUCUCCGACUCUGAGUUGUGUCACUCUCUCUACAUCCACAAACCCUGUGUGGCGGUUUUCAAAGGUCUGGGGAUCCAUGACUUUGAGAUCCACCAUGGGAAAGAUGUGUUGUACAACAUCGUGGCCUUCGCUAAGGACAGCGUCCGGGCCCAUGUGACGACUCUGAGGCCGGACAACUUCCCCUCUGACAGGAAAGAGCCCUGGCUGGUGGAUUUCUUUGCUCCGUGGUGCCCCCCAUGUCGGGCCUUACUGCCCGAGCUGAGAAAGGCCUCAAUCCAGCUGGCUGGACAGAUCAAGUUUGGUACUCUGGACUGCACCAUCCACCACGACCUCUGCUCUACGUACAACAUCCAGGCUUACCCCACCACAGUCAUCUUCAACGGCUCCUCUGUUCACGAGUAUGAAGGGCAUCACUCUGCCGACGGCAUCCUGGAGUUCAUACAGGACCUGGUCAGUCCGUCUGUGCUGGUUCUGGAUCCCUCCAGUUUCAAAGAGAGGGUGAAAGGUCGAGACGAGGGGCAGACCUGGGCGGUGGACUUCUACGCCCCCUGGUGUGGUCCCUGUCAAGCCUUGAUGCCGGAGUGGCGGCGCAUGGCUCGGCUGGUUGCCGGUCAGAUCCUGGUCGGUUCAGUCGACUGCCAGCGCUUUCAGACCUUCUGCCAGAGCCAGGGGGUGAGGGGGUACCCCGAGAUCCGCCUGUACCCCGGCAACACGCUGCAGCCCAACCGCUACAUGUCCUACAACGGCUGGCACAGAGACGCACACUCGCUCAGAGCCUGGGCCCUCAGUUCUUUACCCAGAGCCUCGGUGGAUCUGACUCCAGAAACCUUCAGAUCAAAGGUUCUGUCGGGCCAGCAUCACUGGGUUCUGGAUUUCUACGCUCCCUGGUGUGGACCCUGUCAGCACUUUGCCCCAGAGUUUGAGGUUCUGGCCCGGAUGCUUAAAGGGGAGGUCCGAGCAGGAAAGGUGGACUGUCAGGCUCAUUAUCAGACCUGCCAGUCAGCUGGAAUCACAGCUUACCCGACUGUUAAGUUUUACCCUUACCUGGGAUCACAGAAGAGGCAGCAGUCGAGUGGAGAGCCCAUCAACAGCCGGGACGCCAACACCAUUUCUGACAUCAUCAGACAGCGGCUAAAACAGUUGUCCCCACGCCCACACAGCACACCAAAGGAUGAGCUCUGACGGAGGCGGCGUGGUGAGGCUGAGCGGCAGAUUGGUCAGGGAGGGGUGUCUGUGGUCUGAUGUGAUGAGUCGGGGCGCUCUUGUGCACGUACAGACUGUUAGCCACUGUGCACUUCAUGGUGAUGAACACUCCUGCCUUGACUUCUUUGGUUUCUUCUUGUCUCCAUUGUUUGUAUUUACUCCAUGAAGUAAAGCUGUGGGACACUGAGGGUUACGUUACUGAGGCAGACACAUGAAAUUCUGCUUUCUUUUUAUCGUUGGAACUAUAUAAAAUAGUGUUUCUGUUAAAGAUAAAAGGUUAAUCUUCUAUUGGAUUUUUUAAGUCACUGAAAGAACUACAAGGUUCUAACCAAAGAAAGUUUCUGGCAACUAUUAUUUUAAGCAAACGCUCCAGACUUUCUAAUCUUCCAUGUUCAUUUCUGGGUUUGUUUUGUAAGUAUUUAUUCUAAAAUGCUUUUGGUUUUCAGGUUUGAUAAAUGCCAACAUUUCAGGGUGCCUACUUUGUUCUAGUAUUCAUUUGUAAUAAAGCAACCAAUAAAAUCA